AUGGUAGGCCUGAUAUCGAUUGUGAUUACUGAUACAUCUACACUGGAGCAAGUAGCCGUCCUGCGAAGCUAUGUCACCGUCGUCGCCAUUGCAGGAUAUAGCCUGGGAGCUCCUCUGGGUGGAAUCCUCGCAGACCUCGUAGGCUGGAGGAUGUCAUUUGCAGGCCAGGUUCCAAUCGUCUUGAUCUGCCUGCUCAUCGUCACGCGAGACAUCCCAUCCUCACCACCGCCACAAGAUGAAGAAGCGGCUGCGCAGGAUGAUAUUAGCAACAGCAAUGGCAACAAAAGAAAACCAGGGCUGCGCAACUUCGACGUCCCCGGACUCCUCACCUUCCUCAUCACCAUAAUCACCUUCCUCCUCUUCCUAAACAUAGCCGGCCAAAAGCUCCCCUUCACGCAUCCACUCAUUUUGACCGUCGCAGCCAUCAGCAUCACCUCCGCAACACUCUUCUUCCUCCUGGAGACUAUCUGGAGUCCUAGCCCGUUAAUCCCCCUCGCACAAAUCUGGAAAAACGGCGUCGCCCCGUUCUGCCUAGGCCAAAUAUUGCUCUUCAUCGCAACAGUCGGUCUAGUCGUCCAGAUACCCUCCUUCUUCAUCCGCACCCAGUCUACCACAAACAGUCAAGCCGCUGCACAUUUAAUCCCGUUAACAAUCGGUUGUGCCGUGGGUGGCUUGCUCUCGGGGCAAAUCAUCAACCGAACGCACCGCUACAAACCCCUUUCCCUCUUUUCUGUAUCACUAAAUACGGUCUCGCAUCUCCUCGUAUUCUUCACGUGGCAGUACGGCGCGAAUUUCAUUUCCUCGCUGGUUGUCUUUAUUACUGGUCUCGCGCACGGGCUCGUCAUCUCGACUCAGUUCGUUGGGAUGUCAGCGCGCUUGGACAAGACUAUUGUUGCGUCGUCUGUGAGUGUUUAUUAUCUGUGUCAGAAUUUGGGGAUGAUUGGGGGUGCUUGCUUGGGGGAAGCAGUUGAGGGAGGUGUUUUCAGUCAGGUAUUACGAAAGAAUGGAUUGACGAGUGAGGUGGUGAAGGGAGUGUUGAAUGAUAAUCGGUUCGCUGCUAGAUUGCCUUUGGAGGUUCAGAGCAUUGUGGCGGACUGUUAUCUUUAUGCUUUUCGGUUUAUUCCUGGUAUGUAUUAUCCCACUACCGUGCUGAAUGUAGACUGA